AUUCCUGAGCUGUCAUGCUCUUUGUGUCAUGUUAUCAUGUUUUAUUAUUUGUCACUUGUCAGCUGCUUGCUUGAGGGAGUUGAAUUGGAGUUGAAUGAAAUAAGAAAGAAAUUGGAUUCGCUGAGUCGAAAAAGUGGUACAGUGUAAUCGUAUGUGGGUGCUUACUAAAAUUACACUGUUCAGUGUUUAGAAAUAGGUGAGUCUGAGUGAUAUAUACUGCAAUGUUGCAGCGAGAUGGUUUUGAAAACAUAAGCAAUAAGUUUUGAACGCCUAUAUUGGCAUAUUAAUUCAAAGACUUGACCAAAUAAUGAUACAUAAAUAAACAAUAGCUUGCAGUAAUUUUGCUAUGCUUGUAUAAAGUAAGAACUUAUAAUGUCUAGUAAUUCUUUGCUGUUUUCCAUUAAUAAUGAAGGCAAAGUUUACGCCUUGUCAACAAGUGGAUCAUGUUGGAGAGAAUUCAUGUAUCUUGGCUUAGAAUUCAAAACAUUGUCUGCGGUACCACAUUACCUUUGGGCUGUUGGUGGUGAUCGACAAAUCUAUCUCCACGUUCACGGCCUGGAAAUACCUAUAAGAGUUAGAGAGGAAUCUUACGAGAAUGAAAGGUGGUUACCACUAGAAGGCUUCAGUGGAAGAUUGUUACCCACAGACAGAUAUCAUUUUUCUUCUCAAGAUGGUACAAAAGACAGAUCAAUUGAUCGCAUAAGACUACCAUCCAUGGCCUGGCAGUGGGAGGGUGAUUGGCAACUCGAAUUGACAUUAGAUGGUCAGCCCUUAGAUCAUGAUGGAUGGACAUAUGCAGUGGACUUCCCAGCUCAAUUUGGCCCCUCAAAACAGUGGAAGUCUUGUGUUAGGAGAAGAAAGUGGAUAAGGUACAGAAAAUUCAGUGCUAUGAAUUCAUGGUGUGCUAUUGCUCCUUUGCAUAAAGAUCCAACACAAGAGCCUUUCAUAGAUGUAAGCAUUGGUGGCAAUCAAAUACCAUAUGCAUCUCCUGGAACAUUAUCAGUUUGGGCCAUAACUGCUCAUGGACGUGUUAUGUACAGAGCUGGUGUCAGUACUACAUCUCCUGAAGGUUUGAAAUGGAUUAACAUAAGUAUACCUCCUAAUUGUGAUAUUAAACAAAUAUCUGUUGGACCUACUGGAUUGGUGUGGGCACUAUUGUGGACAGGAAGAGCGAUUAUUAGGAAAGGCAUAACCAAAGACUGUCCUACGGGAGAGGCAUGGAUGGAAGUCAAAUCUCCUAAUGAUACAAAAUUAGUGUCACUUUCUGUUGGAUUUAAUGCCAUUUGGGCUGUGAGUUCAGAUACAAGAGUAUGGUUUAGAAAAGGUAUAGAUGGGAAUUCAGCUGGUACCUCUGAAGGAGCUGCAAUGGGAAGUGGUUGGCUAGAAAUAUCAGGACAUAUGAGCUAUAUUUCUGUUGGUAUCAAUGAUCAAGUAUUUGCUAUUGGUGACUCUGACAAAAGUAUUUACUGGCGUAGUGGUAUAACUCCUGCUGAGCAGACUGGUAAAAGGUGGCGAAUGGUGCAGGCUAAUAUGCAACUAAGUAGGACAUCAAGCUCAGCAAGUGUGGUGUCUUCAGCUUCAAAUGCCAAACAUCAUAGUUUAAAUAUGCUCAAUGAAUCUACAACUGAGCUCAAGUCUAACAUCAAUCUACAUAAUUCAUGGGAAGAAUCACACUCUGCACCUAUUGAACACACAUUACCCAUUAAACCUAAAGAAGCUCGCCAAAAACGAAAUGAGCAAGUAGACAAUAUUGAUUACACAGGGAAAAGCUAUGAAACCACUUUAAAAAAUCCAAGAGCAUGGAGUCCUGUGAGAAGUGUGGGCUCUGUUGUAGGAAUGGAGGCUCAACCAGACAGUGACAGCAGUGUGUUUGAUGUUGAUUCAGGAAUGUUUUUUGAUGAUGAAAUUAGCCAAACAGCCUGGGGGACUUGUGAAACUACCUGGGCAUUUGUGGAAGCUGGGGCUUGUUCCGUAGAUGUAAUGCAGGUACCACAUUGGUUUACAGACUCACAUAGUGCAUUUAAUUUGGAUCUCACUUCUAAGUGGAGAAUCCAAAUUUUGGAUAAUCUCAAAAUCAGGAAUAAUAAUGUUACUGUAGACCUAUCUAAUUAUGGUGUAGCAGUAGAAGAAAAAGGCUGGACACGGAGCUGUGAGUCAAGAUUAAUAAAUGCUAAUAAUUCUAGUGAAGAUUGUAUAUUGUCUUUAUAUUGGCAUGAUUUAGAAAACAUAGGAACUCUAUCUGUUUUCCAACCAGAUGGUACAAUAAAGUUCAUCCUAAAUCUAGGUGAAGUUACUAGUGUAAUAACAUCAUCAGAACCUGGAAAUCCCAGAAUAACAUUGUCUGUUCCACGCCAACACAAGAGCCCUAUCAAAGUGCAAUUUAUAUCAGAAAUGGAGCAAGAAGAAUGGUUUAAUGUUUUAGUUGAUAUUACUUCUCAAAUUAAUGGAGUUACUGGCAAGCCAUCCCAUAACUCAGUAUGGGCAAUUGCUAGUUCUGGUGAUGUACUAAAUUGGGAUCCAAUGCCUGCAAAACUUAACAUUUCAAAUAAUGGACAAUAUGUCAAGGAAUUCCAAGUCUUUGGAAAAGAUAUAGUGUCUGGUUUCACAACAGCUUUGCAUAAUAAUUUUCCGCCUGGAAGUACAAUAAAAGUUUCGGGUUGUUUACAUGAUGAAAUAAACAGAUUUCAUAUUAAUUUAGAAGGACCAGAAGUGAAGAAACAGAGACAUAAAAUUGAAACUGAAGUCACUGAAAUUCCUUUCCAUUUCAAUGUAAGGUUUGAUGAAAGAACUGUUGUUUGUAAUACAAAAAUCUCUGGUAGUUGGGGAAUGGAAGAGCGACAUGAACUACCAUUGUCUCCAGGACAGGAAUUCUGCGUAACAAUAAUUUGUGAUGUGAAUGUUUUUAAGAUACUCGUAAAUGAUAAACUAUACUGUUACUAUGAGCACAGGCUCAACCCUAAAAAUAUAACAGCAGUUUGCAUAAAAGGUCCCUUAAAACUUUUUUCUUUGGAAUAUUCCACUACAAAUGCUAUAAUUGGAUCUGAAGAAAUGUACUGGAGAAUCAUUGGAGGAUAUUUGCGACGUGUGGAGUCUUGUCAAAAAGGUAUUGUUUGGGGGAUAUCUCAUGACCACCGAGUCUGGGUUUAUACAGGAGGAUGGGGAGGAGGGAUACUUAAAGGUAUCGGUAGCAAAGAAGGAAUUCACUCAAUGACUGACACACAAACUUACUGUGUAUAUGAAAAUCAGAGGUGGAAUCCUCUUUCUGGGUAUACGUCUACAGGCUUACCAACCGAUCGUUACAUGUGGAGUGACGUAACUGGAAAACAUAAAAGAACUCGAGAACACACGAAACUUCUGAAUCGUCAUUGGCAUUGGGUAUCUGAAUGGAUGAUUGAUUAUAACACUCCCGGAGGUGUCGAUUCCGACGGAUGGCAGUACGCAACCGAUUUCCCGGCACCAUAUCACGGGAAAAAAAUAUUUACUGAUUGCGUUCGACGUCGAAGAUGGUAUAGAAAAGCACAAAUUAUUACCGAAGGCCCAUGGGUUAGAGCUGGUAGUACUGCAUUAUUGGAUAUUUCCCUAUGGGCCAAUAGUGAUGACGAGAUAACGGUUUGGGCAAUCACUUUGGCUGGCGAUGCCAUAUACCGGACUGGAGUUACAGUUUCAUCACCAACGGGUACUCAUUGGGAACACGUUAACAACCCACAAUCGCUUAUAGCAAUAAGCACAUGCAAUAACAUAGUUUGGGUUGUUGGCCGAAAAGGAGAACUUUAUUACAGAGAAGACAUAUCCAAAGAGCAUCCAUCUGGACACAGCUGGAAACUGAUUGAAGCCCCUAAAAGUAGUCAUUCCUAUAACCACAAAUCUGGCGCGGGAGCUAAGGCAGUUUCGUUAACCAAAACAUCAGCGUGGGUGUUACUCUUAAAUGGAACUAUAGCCGUGAGGACCAACCUUUCUAGAAAACAACAGGAUGGUAAAGAAUGGAAAUAUUUAACAGAUUGUGAUAUGACUUUUAAACAUGUUUCUGCUGAGGACAACGAGGUAUGGGCGGUUACUACAGACGGUGUACUUCAAAGACGACUUGGUAUAUCAGCAGACAACGUCACCGGUUCAGCUUGGCAACACAUUUUAUCAGCAAACCUCGUACAUGUUUCGGCCAGGGGAGGCUAUUUAAAAUGAAAAUAUUUACCGUCUUUCGUCUAGAUUACUCUUAUAUAUAUAUAUUUAAGUCGUAUGAAUUUGUUUCUCAGAACUCGGUUACAAGUUAUUCAUUCUAAGCUUGUGUAACAGCAAUUGUAGAGAUGUCAAUAUGUAUUCUAAGUUUCUCAUUCUUACCAAAAGACUUAGGAAAAUGAUAUUAUUAUAGAGACACGCUUUCGAAGACCUGUAAUAAUGAACAAGUUAUUUGUCAUCGCCUCUUUUAUCCAGUAGAUUAAUGCAGUAUAAGUAAUAUUAUGUGACAUAACACUUUAAAAUCCAUCUUAAAAUACAACACCUUAGGAAGCGUAUUUGCUUUCCGAUUGCUUGUCAAAUAUAACCUGGGGGUGCCUAAGCAUUGAAUUUAUACAGUAAUUUGCUUUUGUUGAAAAACUUGAACAAAAAUUCAAUUUCAAUAGGUACUGUUUCGCUAUUUAUAUUUUAAUCUACCAAACAUUGUUGACGAGAUACGCCUUCCGGAGACUGAGGGCAAUGCACCGUAAGCGCAUCUCUUCACUCUUCUAUCUGGUCACUAAUUGUCUGCAACAAAGGCCCUUUAUCAAUCUAACUAGUGUAACAUUAUUAUAUGUGCGCAUGAGGCGUAGGUACCGUCCGAACCCUCAACGACAUCAAAGUAAUCAGUAUGAUUUACCAAUAGCAAGCAAGCCAGUAUUCUCAAUAUCUAAUCCCUGUGCUCAUAAUACACGGUACCUAAUUAAAUUUGUUUAUUGGAAAUAUAGCUACCCAAUUGUAUUCGAUUACUUUCACAUCGACCUGAGCAGCUAAACUAAAUAAUCUCUUACAAUGUGAGACAAAAACCUCACAUUUGUAUGUUGAUGGUCGAAGUAUCAAUCAAAGGUCAUGCAAGUACGAUCUGUGGGAACAUUAAUAUUUCUAGAUAUAAUUAAUAUAUUUACUUUUUUUGUUUGUUUCACAUACUUGUGUAACUAAGUAUCAUUCUCCUAUAAAACAGCCUCGAAAUCAACCUAGUGAUAUUUAUUUUUCUAGAUUAGCUAAAAUUAAUCGUUAUAAAUUGAAUUUAUACACAUGUAAUCUUGAGACAUGUAUUGCUUCUUCGUGAGUACUUCCAAGUAUUAGUAGCACUUAGUUGAUAAGAAUAAGCAGAAACCAGUAGGCCCACAGUUAUGACAGUGGUGUUUGGCUUUUGUAUCAUCCUAACGAAACGUCGGCGUCCAAUCGGCAUAUGCUUACAUUAGAUUUAACUCUUAUAACAACUUAAAUAUUAUUUUUCAUUUAUCGGUUACAUUUUUUGAUAAACUUGCCACAUUCAUUAAUUUAUAUUCAACAAUUUGGUAAAAUCAAUCAGUGAAUUUAAUUCGGUUCGAUCGUCAUUUCGUUAGGUUAUCUCAAUGUUUCGGUGCAUUUUUCUAUUUGUGAUUUUUUAGAUUUCCAAAUAUAAUUGUGAUUUUACAAUAUAAUUUUAGACUGAGGCUACAUUUAUGUUUUAAAUGUUAGUAACAUUCCAACUUAGUAAACUCCUUUAUUUAAAUUUUUACUCUAAGUAAUAGGAUAAGUAAUAAGAUAUUGUUUUCUAGUCAUUGGUGUUUAUUGUACUAAACUUAUGUUAACUAAAUCGAAUAUACCAAAAAUGAAGCUUGCGCUAAACAAAGGUACAUACUUGAAAUUGAAUAAAACAGCUAUCAUAUUA